AUGCACUUGUCGACUGAUUGUCUCAACGCACUGAAAACCCAUGAGUUUUGGAAAAGUACAGACGAUCCUUCACUUAAAAAGUUUCUAGAUUUUCGAUUCCAAAAAGGUGUUCUAGAAGAUAAAAAAACGGAGUACUCUCAGUACAAAAGCGAAUUGGAUACGAUCAAAGGGUACUAUUCUGAAACCCUGAGUUGCAUUAGUUCUGUCACCAACUACCCUGUCAAUUGCGGUUGGCAGUGGGAAAAGACCGCGGUCAGUUGCACUCCGUCAUCAACUACCCUGCCAAUUGUGGUUGGCAGUGGGAAAAGAUCGCGGUCAGUUGGUGAGCAUGCACUUGAUAAAAAAUCGCAAUCAUUAAUUUCUUUUUGGGAUUUACAAACGAAGAGACAAACCAUUCAUAUGAAUAGCAAGAUACUUGAGGAGGAAGCUCAGUUGCAACAAUUUGGAUUUAAUCUGGCAAAGAACGAAUUAAAAAACCAGAUUCAUAUCGAACGGACCAGACAGAUUCUGGAUGCGACGAAAGGUAUCCGAAACCAAGAUUAUUUACUACGAGAAAUAACUACCAAGCAGAUUGAAAAAGAUCUGUUGAAUGAGUUAUAUGCAAAGAACGAGAAUUUGGAGGAAGAGGCACCUUCUACACCACCGGACAAGAUCAAAACCGUUCCAUUCAACAAGCAAGAGAAUGAUGCUAUAGCUAGUGAUUCGGAUGACGAUUCCCAAAAUGCAACAGAAUCAAUGAUCGGAAAAGUCGAAAGAACAACACUGAUUGUAGACAAUGUCGAUUUAGAGAAAAUUUUUGAAGAUUAUCGUAAUGAUUGCGAAAACAUUUAUCUGCUUUUCUGA